UGAGGAAGGGAGGGCGAGAGGAGAAGGAGGGAUGGAGAUGGAUGAUAGAUGCUUAUGUAGCGCGUCCCGUACGUUUGCCGUUAUGCUCGGCCGUAGCCAAACUUGCAUCCUCCCGUGACUUUCUUUCUUUCCCCUGCUGCUCCACCCAUGAAGCAGGACGCAGGGCGAAUGCGUGCCACUGCCAGUGUUCCGGAGCGCGUCGUGAUCGCUUAUUUAUCCGUCUGAUAAAUGGUUUUGGAGCUCGCCGCGCCCGCCAGUGCAGGCCCUGCGCUCCAGCGCUGCAUCCCGCACAUCCAGCGGGUUUUCCGGGUCAGAGUGAGCUGCAGCACCGCGGUGUCCAGCUGCAACACCCCCAACGCCGGCUCCAGUAUCAUCGUAAACAUAGAGGACGGCAAGGAAGAAGACUGCACUAAAGCUAAAGAGUACAUUGUAUCGCUGAUAAGUCCUGUUCAUAAACACCGUGAGCGUUUGACUCUUUGGCUGCAGCGGCGACUGCAUGCCCUACGCACAGCUAUUGAGUACGAGAGCUGCGCCGUGGUGCAGGUGAGGGACCAUGCACUGGAGCUUCAGGGAGGUCAUGCGCAGGUAACAGCUGCGUGCGCUAUGCUGCAGCGCCUGAAGAUGGAGCACCGCGGCUGCCACAACCCCCAGCCCUCGCCGGCAGCUGCUGGCCACGACUCUCCAGAAGAAGAGGAGGAGGAGGAUGAAGCUGGGGAAGAGGGGACCAGUUCGGAGAGCGAAGGAGAGGGGCGGUCGCGGAGCGGGAGUUCUGGAGGAGGAGUCGGCACCGCGGGCUCAGGAGAUGGACCGACGGGUAGGAGGCGGGACCCGCUCGUAGCAACCAAACCUCACCGGCAGCUGUGCCGCUCAUCUUGUUUGGACCGCCCCAGCUUCAGCCAGAGCAGCACCUUGCAGGAGCUACGCUCGGAUGACACCCGCACUGACCCCUCCCAGAGAGCCCUUGCUCCGACCGUCUCAGCCCAAAUGCCCUUACGUCAAACCAGUGACCGAGAUUACCAAUCCAAAAUGGACUUCGCUCUAAAACUGGGCUACUCCGGAGAGCAGGUGGAGUCUGUGCUGGGUAAACUGGGAGCCAGCGCGCUAAUCAAUGAUUUAUUGGCCGAGCUGGUGCGGCUUGGGAAUAAAGGAGAUCCAGAGAGCCAGGCAGCAGCGGGCACUGCCAGUUUAGCACCACGGGUGGUGGGAGCCAAAGAAGCCGUAAGCCCUGAGGCAUCACUGGAAGAUGACUCGUCAGACAUGUAUGAGAACCUCAGACCAAUUGUGAUUGAUGGAUCCAAUGUUGCCAUGAGCCAUGGAAACAAAGAGGUGUUCUCAUGCCUGGGCAUUCAACUGGCUGUUGAUUGGUUCCUGGAGAAAGGCCACAAAGACAUCACAGUUUUUGUCCCAGCAUGGAGGAAAGAACAGUCAAGACCUGAUGCACCAAUUAAAGAUCAGGAGAUCCUACGGAAAUUAGAGAAGGAAAAGAUCCUCGUCUUCACGCCGUCUCGCAGAGUUCAAGGCCGGCGAGUGGUUUGCUACGAUGACCGUUUUAUUGUCAAGCUGGCCUGUGACUCGGACGGGAUCAUCGUGUCCAAUGAUAACUACAGAGACCUGCAGAAUGAGAAACCGGAGUGGAAGAAAUUUAUUGAGGACCGACUCCUUAUGUACAGCUUCGUCAAUGACAAGUUUAUGCCUCCUGAUGAUCCUUUAGGCAGACAUGGACCCAGUCUGGAAAAUUUUCUCCGCAAACGACCAGUGGUUCCAGAGCACAAGAAGCAGCCGUGUCCUUAUGGUCAGUACAGCAAAAGUAAGAAGUGCACGUACGGCCAUAAGUGCAAGUACUACCACCCAGAAAGAGCCAACCAACCACUACGGGCUGUUGCAGACGAGCUCAGAGCCUUCGCCAAACUCUCCGCUGUAAAAACAAUGAGCGAGGGGGCACUUGCAAAAUGUGGGACCUCUGGUUCUUCUGCCAAGGGAGACAAUAGCUCAGAGGCAAAGCGAGUGGCACCCAAACGCCAGUCUGACCCCAGUAUCCGGUCGGUUGCGUGUGAGCAGGAAGAGAGACUUUGUCCAACGCGGAAGGCCGAGGCCAGUUCAGUACCAUCCUUAGUGUCAGCGCUUAGCGUUCCAACUAUGCCAUUGACAAAAAGUCAUGCAGCGGGCGCUCUGAACACUCGUUCCGCAAGCAGCCCUGUUCCAGGGUCUCUGCACUUUACCCACAGCUCACUUGAGCAUGCGGGCAGCAUCCAAUAUCCCCCCAUCCUAGUCACCAAUAGCCAGGGCGCAUCUGUGGCUUACGGUGAGCCGUUUCCGAAGUACGACUCGGUGGUAAGCGACCACGGCUACUAUUCCAUGCUCAGUGACUUUUCCACCAUGAGCCUCCAAGACAGUUUCUGCAGUCUUGAGCAGUCAGAUCCUGUAGGGGUGGGUGGAGGAUAUCCUGGCAGAGCUCCAGGGAUGUGCCCAGAACCCAGCCGAAGCCAUUCGUCGGACUCCUUCUCGUCCUACAGUGGAGAGAUGUACCUGAACUCAAUGGAGGGCAGCCUGGACGACAGCAUGAAAGGGCCACCUUCGCAGACUCCGAACCAAUCUUCGGCACAAACACGCCUUCAAGCCUUUUCUCACGGUUUCCACCAUGAGGCGUUGACGCGUGUGCAGAGCUACGGAACGGAUGAACCCAAACCGGGUCCUCGUAAGCAAUCCUCCGCCCACCUUGCGCCCCACUCCCAACACCAGGUUGUUAGUGCUCGUUCCAGCUGCCCUGGAGACUACCCUCCUCUCACCCAGAAUGUGUUGCCUUCCGCCAACCCUUCACAGCAGGGUCGAUCCUUAGGUAUGACUCGCAUGGACAGCAUCUCUGACUCGCGGCUCUACGAGAGCAACCCACUGCGCCAACGCCGACCACCUCUUUGUCGAGAGCAGCAUGCCAGCUGGGACCCUUUGCCUUGCAGUAACGAACCCUACAGCUACGGAGGCUAUGGUUUAACAGGAGGACUCAUGCCUUGUUGUGAGAGGGUGAUGGUCCGCAGCAUGCCCGAGAAGAUGGAGCAGAUCUGGAGGUCACCGUGGGAUAGCGUGCCGCCUCCACAGCCCACCUCUCGUGGGCUAGUGGGGGAACUCCAAGAGCGGCACCCUAUUCCAGAACACCAGUUUCAAACCUACCGAAACCUCUGUAACAUCUUCCCGGCGUAUGUGGUCCAUUCAGUCAUGGAGAAGAACCCUCACAUGACCGAUCCCCAGCAGCUGGCUGCCGUCAUCGUCACUAAACUGCGCUCUUGCCACUAAGCACAUCACAAGAGGCUGCUAACAACAACAGCACCACCACCACAUGAUAUAUUGAUAUCAUAGUGGAUGAGAAAUUGAACACCUCAAGUGUUGUUUAGCUCUUAAGAAACAGCCAUCCCCCCAUACGUAAUUUUGAUUGGUUCGGAUCCGUUCGGAGGUUGGCUAGCAUGAUAGCAUUGAUGCUGCAUCGGUUGUUAUGUCAUCUGUUAAGCCAUAUGGGAGCCUGGAUCUUGUACCUGAUAAGUUUAGCAUAGAAAAGUGAGAUCCCUCAGCAAAACAAAAGUCUUCUGCAAAGUCCUGAUUUCUCCACCAUUCAGCUCCUGAGAUGGGCCAAAAUGUUCUUGAGGUGACUCGAAAGUGUAUCCACAUUGAAGGAGUAACUCUGCCUGCCAGUUCGAUGGCAGAUCUUGAGAAUGUGUUAUUUUGUGGGUUAUGAUAACAUUUAUCCUAUGAAAAGGAAUUACAUGAGAGAAAUCUCUUUAGUAAAACCGAUCAGAAAUGAUCCUGCACAAUAUGAAUAGUAUUGUGUAUGUAUAUGUGUAUUCACUUGCAUUUGCGUGUAAAUAUGACGUGACGCUGUGGUGUUUUAUUUGGUGUGCGUGAUGACUUGAUGUGUGAUUUCGGAACGAGGAAUGAGCGCUUGCGUACCCUCAAAGCAUGAAUCUUUGAACUUUUAUGGCCUUACAUCGGAGUGACCUCAACACACGUUAAUGUGAAUAGCGCUUAAUAGUUGUGGAGGUCACAUUUGUUUUAUAAAGGCAAGCACCGGGACAAAGAGGUUUAGAUCCUGCCAUGCUGCAGUUUUAAUUUUAAUUGGCUGCAAAUGUGCCCUGCAACGUCGAUUCGUGCCCAUGCACAGAUGUGUAUUAAGCCAUUUUAAAAGACUGAGCCAAAAAGAUUUUCUGAUCGGAAAGCACUAGGUAUUUAGUUGGAGAAGUUAUCCACAUGUAUUUCCUUAAUGUUGUCGUUGUACUGUAGAUUUAAAGAGAGAUGUUUGAGUAUUUGGUAAGCAUGGGCUUCAGUAAAUCUCUCCCAGAAAGCAUGUUAGCACUAUGCUGGACAGAGAGCGUCGUUCACGUUUGACUUGAUAGACAAUAACUAUGUUCAAGUAUUCACAAACUGGGGAGGAGAAUGAGUCUCUUCGGCAAAAUGCUCUUGUGCAGCAUCUAUUUCCUGAUUGAUGCUGAGAGACCACCCCUUUCCCUCUGCUCCGCCCUGUAAAUUAACAUAUCUUCAGGAGAGCGCGAAUGUUACCAGUCCAGAGAUGCUCUGGGUGUUUUCAAAAAGACUUAAAUUGCUCCUUCGUUUUUUGUUUUUUUUGUUGUUGUUGUUUUUCCAUGAGCACAGGUGUAGCCCCGUGGGGCCCCGUUACUGCUCGUGGGAAGGUGUGACACACUGCCUACCUGUCUCUUCCUGUGCGACACACACAAGGAACACCAGGCUGUUGUUGGGUUGUUUCUGACAUUUGGCUGACAGUUUGUUGCUGCCUCUCGACCGCACCCAACCCUGCUUUGAUUUGUACCCAAAACCCGCUCUCUAAUACGAACACACAGUUUACCUUCCUCUUAGUUUUUGUUUUUCACCAAGGUUCUUUCAGAAGGCCAUUAUUUAAGCGGCUUUUCUAAAUUAAUAUUUUAAAAUGUAAUUAUUUUUAGCCAGAAACAUAUUUAUUUAUACAGUAAUUUCGAUAGUAAUCCAGGGAUUUCCUGUGAGGGCACAGUUUUCACAUUGGGUUCAAGUUGUUCAAUGGACCUUUUUUGCCCACAAAAUUUCGCUAAUGUCACCAUGUCAUUAGCAUCAUUGAUGUAUUUACAUCGGGUAUGUUUCAGGCCUAAUUGUGUGUGUGUGUAUAUAUAGGACAUCAUAUUUUUUUUAUGGUUGGGUCUCCACUUCCCCUUCUCUGAACCUUGGAGCAAAAAAUCCUGAAGAAUAGUGUUUCUAGAGCAAACUAGAAACUUUUUUUUUUUUAAAUGAAGACAUAAGACAUUGCUGUCCGCUGCUUAUGCUCCAAGAUUCAGACCCCAAUGCAGUUGAGCAGCAAGCUACCACACAUCAAGUGUUCAGAAACGACCUUUUGCUUGUUGAUACAAAUUGUAUCUAUUUCUUGAUUGUAAAAAAAUAUAUAUUUCUGAGCUGUACAGUAUCACUUAUAUGAGUAUAUAUAUCUAUAUAUAUAUUUAAAAAAAAGAAAAAAAAGCUUAGUUUUGUUUAAAAAAAGGAUAAAGAAAUAUAAUGCCAUAAUGUCAGUGAUACCGUGUGUCACUCGAGUAGCCCAUAGAGAAGGCUUAUUUCCUGCCGGGCAGACCACUACAGACAGGGAUCUCUCUCUCUAUCUCUCUGCUUUUCAUUUCUUUCUCGGUCCUCUUUUACCUCCCUCACUUUUCCAUGCCAAUUAAUUAUUUUUGAAAAUGAUAGUUUACUUCAGUGGAGCUGAACUUCAUUUCGGUUUGACUGAAGGAUUUUUAGGGCGUGGCUUUAUAUAUCAUCAUUUACACUCUCUUUCUCUCUCUCUUUGUUAAAGUUAUAGAUUUAGGAGAGAGACAUUCUGACACAAUCAGUGUGCUCCUAAUAUAUUUUUCCUCUUUGUAAAUAUUGAAAAUUAUUGUCAAACCUCUUGUAUUUGCACAGUAUUAGUGCAUUUCAUUUACAUAGACACUCUACCAGCUUAUUCGAGCAGGAUCUGUCUCUCAAACACACUUAGACUCAUAGGUUGCCUUGACAACCAUAGUCAGCUGAUCACAUGCUAUCAUUAGUACGGAUAUAACUAAUGUGAAAUGUUGACUAUUGUGUGCGCACUAGUGUGAAUUUAUGGUAAAUUCACCAGUUUCACUUGUAACAUAGCUUACCUUCUACAAUGAAGACAUGGAGGUGCCAUUCCAGGUUAAAGAUGAAACUUUAAUUGGGUGGAAUUUGCACAAUAAUGUUUUUAUUUUCAUUUUUUAAUUUAGCAAAUAGGUGAGUUUGAGUUUGUGAGUUUGAACUGAAGUUGAUGCCACAUGCACACACACGAGCGAAAUGAGCUUUAUCCGAGUCUCCUACUGAAAGAUGUCCACACUAACACAUGAACACGCGCACCUCGUAAUCUGCCUUACAGUUGAACUAUUUUGGUUUGUGAGAGUCGAGCACACACUGACUGUACAGCACCGAGCAUUACGCUUCUUGCUUGUCUUUUUAUUCUCAUAAGCGGAAGCGCUAAUGAGAAGAUGAGUUUUUUUUUCUUGCCUUCAGCUCUUAAUCUCUAUUGGCGUCUGAAUGGACAACCUGAUAUUACUGCACGAACUUCAAGUUUUUAUGAUUAGGUUUGAUGAGAAUGUCCAAGAAGAACCGACAGGACAAAUGGAUAUAUCCCAAGGAGAAAAAAAACACGUCAAAAAUGGGCAUUUCCAACUGUCAGAACAGAUUGUUUGGAGAUCUGAUGAAUUCUGUACAUUUACAUGUAUGUUUUCAAUAUUGAAUUACACCAGCUAUAACUUGCUCACACACACUCUCACCAACAGAUUGAUUCUCAGGAACUAACUGAUUUAUUAUUAUUAUUUCUGCUCCUUUAUGAAAGACAUUAUACUUGAUGUUUGGUCUUAUAAAAUUGCGGCGAUUUGUGAAGUAGUGUGGAUGAUCUUGAAAACGUGUUCUUAAAUUUGAGUUUCGCUGUUUAUUCCCCCCUUGUAUUUUAGGUUUUACGCGCCUUUGCAGGUUGACCGAGUGGUUUGACACUUUUGAGUCUCGUGCUGUGAUGACAUACAAUAGUAUGUUUUACUCUCUACUGACUGAAACAUGUUGCUUUAAACUUGUUUUCAAUAAAAACAAACAAGAACCAAAAAAAGAGAAUGAAAAACAAGAUGAAAGCGAAGUAGUGUGGGAAAACUUUAUAACGCUUUGGGUCUGUGUACUCAAACAAAAUGUAAGUCUCAAUGACAAAAGGUGUUUGUUCCUCUCAAUAAAGUCAGACUCUAUUUGGUUAA